UAUUUUAUAAAUAAAAUAUUUUAUAGUAUAUAUUUUUCUCUUAGCCUCUUUCUCUUCUAUAAAUAAUUUACAGACCAAAGCCAAAUUUCUGAGGAAAUCCCAGUUUCCAUGAAAAAUCUUGGGACAUCUCGACCUUUGCCUCUCCCUUUAUAUAACAAUUCUCCUCCUUUCUCUCAUCCACACCUUUCUCCUUCAAUUUUCCCAUCAACCCAUUAUUCUCACAAGUUUUCGCAAUCCAUGGCUGCUUGCAUUGACAUCUCAAGAACAACAGACUCUUCCCAACUUUCCCAACGUCCAAACAUUUCUCAACCUGAUGAAGUUCUUUACGAGUAUGGAAGUUUCUGCAGAUCCACUUUCCCAAAUAAUGUUUCGAGCGUACCCUUGAAUAAAAACCACACAAAAACCAUCCCUACAAGAAAAUCUGUUGAUUUUUCUUUAGAAGAAAAAGAAGAGGUUGGUGCUUUAUGGCUGAAAAUGAAAGAAGAAGCAAGGUUAGAUGCUGAGCAAGAACCCAUCUUAUCCAAUUAUUAUUACAGCUCAAUCUUUUCUCAUAAUUCAUUUGAAAGUGCUUUAGCCAAUCAUUUGUCUAUCAAAUUAGGCAAUCCAAGUCUUCCUAGCAGUACUUUAUUUGAUAUUAUCAUGGCCGUGCUUGUGGAAGAUCAAGGAAUCAUGAUAGCUGUUAAGGAAGAUUUGAAAGCUGCUAAAGAAAGAGACCCUGCAUGUAUAAGUUAUGUACAUUGCUUUUUGAAUUUUAAAGGGUUCCUAGCAUGUCAAUCACAUAGGGUAGCCCAUAAUUUAUGGUGUCAAGGGAGGAAAGUUUUGGCCUUGCUGAUACAAAAUAGGGUGUCUCAGGUUUUUGAUGUGGAUAUUCAUCCUGGAGCCAAGAUUGGGAGUGGGAUAUUGUUUGAUCAUGCUACUGGAGUUAUUGUUGGAGAGACAGCAGUGAUUGGUAACAAUGUGUCAAUUUUACAUAAUGUAACAUUAGGAGGAACUGGUAAGGCUUCUGGUGAUAGACAUCCAAAGAUUGGAGAUGGGGUUUUGAUUGGUGCCGGUACUUGUAUUUUAGGGAAUAUUAAGAUUGGUGAUGGAGCUAAGAUAGGUGCUGGUUCGGUGGUGUUAAAGGACGUGCCUCCAAGGACUACUGCGGUGGGGAAUCCGGCUAGAUUGGUAGGAGGGAGGGAGAACCCUAUAAAGCUUGACAAGAUUCCAAGUUUUACCAUGGAUCAUACUUCACACAUUGCUGAGUGGUCUGAUUAUGUCAUUUAGAGGGACUACUAAUUUUCCUUUCCUAAGUUUUGGAAUUUUAGCCUCUUUGGUUUGGACUUUGCAGCCUUUUAUUUGUGUUAUAAGGGUGAAUGCAUAGAUGUUAUGAUCCAAAUGAUGCUACACUUUUUUGUAUUGGCCGCUUGUAAUAUGUUAUUGUAUUGGCCGCUUUGUUGUAAGUACAAUAUAGCAUGUGCUUUUGUGGGAAUUAUGAUUUCCAUUAUUGCCAGAA